GCACUUGACUGACCGAUCAAAAGAUUUAUCUUGAUUUCGAGAAACGAUAUUUAAUCAGAACGAAGUACUGUGCACUAAAAGAUGGAGUUUUCCUGGGGAAGAGGCCAGGAAUCCCGGCGUCUGCUUCUCUUGCUUCUUCUCCUUGCAGCCUGGGAGGCAGGGAACGGUCAGCUCCACUACUCGGUCUUGGAGGAGGCCAAACACGGCACCUUUGUGGGCCGCAUCGCGCAGGACCUGGGGCUGGAGCUGGCGGAGCUGGUGCCGCGCCUGUUCCGGGUGGCGUCCAAGGGCCGCGGGGACCUUCUGGAGGUAAAUCUGCAGAAUGGCAUUUUGUUUGUGAAUUCUCGGAUCGAUCGCGAGGAGCUGUGCGGGCGGAGCGCGGAGUGCAGCAUCCACCUGGAGGUGAUCGUGGACAGGCCGCUCCAGGUUUUCCAUGUGGACGUGGAGGUAAAGGACAUUAACGAUAACCCUCCGGUGUUCCCAGCAACACAAAAGAACCUGUUCAUUGCGGAAUCUAGGCCGCUUGACUCUCGGUUUCCACUAGAGGGCGCAUCGGAUGCAGAUUUCGGGGAGAACGCCCAGCUCACUUACAGACUGAGUCCAAACGAAUACUUUUCUCUGGAAAAACCAUCUGAUGACGAGCUGGUAAAAGGUCUUGGGCUUAUAUUACGGAAAUCUUUAGACAGAGAAGAAGCUCCGGAGAUUUUUUUAGUGCUUACAGCCACUGAUGGAGGCAAACCCGAGUUGACCGGCACCGUUCAGUUACUCAUCACAGUAUUGGAUGCCAAUGACAAUGCCCCAGCUUUUGACAGAACCCUUUAUAAGGUGAGGUUACCAGAAAAUGUUUCUAAUGGAACAUUGGUAAUUAAACUUAACGCCUCAGAUUUAGACGAAGGAUUGAAUGGGGACAUUGUUUAUUCAUUCUCAAAUGAUAUUUCCCCAAAUGUGAAAUCCAAGUUUCACAUAGAUCCAAUUACUGGACAAAUUAUUGUAAAGGGAUAUAUUGAUUUUGAAGAAAGCAAAUCCUAUGAAAUUAUUGUAGAGGGCAUUGAUAAGGGACAGCUCCCACUUUCUGGCCAUUGUAGAGUUAUUGUGGAAGUAGAAGACAACAACGAUAAUGUUCCAGAUUUGCAAUUCAAGUCGUUAGCACUUCCAAUUAGAGAGGAUGCUCCACUGGGUACAGUCAUUGCCCUGAUCAGCGUGUCUGACAAAGACGUGGGUGUCAAUGGACAGGUGACCUGCUCCUUGACGCCACACACCCCCUUCAAGCUGGUGUCCACCUUCAAGAAUUACUACUCAUUGGUGCUGGACAGCACCCUGGACCGCGAGAGCGUGUCAGCCUAUGAGCUGGUGGUGACCGCGCGGGACGGGGGCUCGCCUUCGCUGUGGGCCACGGCCAGCGUGUCCGUGGAGGUGGCCGACGUGAACGACAACGCGCCGACGUUCGCGCAGCCCGAGUACACGGUGUUCGUGAAGGAGAACAACCCGCCGGGCUGCCACAUCUUCACUGUGUCUGCGCGGGACGCGGACGCGCAGGAGAACGCGCUGGUGUCCUACUCGCUGGUGGACAGGCGGGUGGGCGAUCGCGCGCUGUCGAGCUACUUGUCGGUGCACGCGGAGAGCGGCAAGGUGUACGCGCUGCAGCCGCUGGACCACGAGGAGCUGGAGCUGCUGCAGUUCCAGGUGAGCGCGCGCGAUGCGGGCGUGCCGCCCCUGGGCAGCAACGUGACGCUUCAGGUGUUCGUGCUGGACGAGAACGAUAACCCGCCGGCGCUGCUGGCGCCUCGGGUGGGUGGCAUCGGUGGCGCAGUCAGCGAGCUGGUGCCGUGGUCUGUGGGUGCGGGUCACGUGGUAGCGAAGGUGCGCGCGGUAGAUGCUGACUCGGGCUACAACGCGUGGCUUUCGUACGAGCUGCAGCCGGGGACUGGCGGCGCGCGCAUUCCGUUCCGCGUGGGACUGUACACGGGGGAGAUCAGCACGACGCGUGCCCUGGACGAAGCGGACGCUCCGCGCCACCGCCUGCUGGUACUGGUGAAGGACCAUGGCGAUCCUGCACUUACGGCCACUGCCACCGUACUUGUGUCGCUUGUGGAGAGUGGCCAGGCGCCAAAGGCUUCCUCUCGGGCGUUGGCGGGCCCUGUAGGUCCGGAGGCUGCGCUGGUGAAUGUCAACGUGUACCUGAUCAUCGCCAUCUGCGCGGUGUCCAGCCUUUUGGUGCUCACGCUGUUGCUGUACACAGCGGUGCGGUGCUCGGCGCCGCCCACCGAUGGCGACUGCGCGCGGGGCAAGCCCACGCUGGUGUGCUCCAGCGCGGUGGGGAGCUGGUCAAACUCGCAGCAGAGGAGGCCGAGGGUGUGCUCUGGGGAAGGCCCGCCCAAGACCGACCUCAUGGCUUUCAGCCCCAGUUUAUCUGACUCUAGGGACAGAGAAGAUCAGCUGCAGCCAACUGAGGAAUCCUUUGCAAAGGUUAGUGUAUAACGUUCUUUUGUUUAAUUUUCGUAUUGUUUUCCCCAUCAACUUCUUCGUAAAUUGAUUUCUAAGAAUCGAAUUUCCC